CGCACCUUCAAGUUUAAAUUUCGCAUCAUUCCAAAUUUUUCUCUUCCCUUUUUCCUUUUUUUGGAUAAAUACGAUGCUUCGUGUCUCCUCUAUUCGAUUCCUAUCUUCUUCUUCUUCUUCUUCUAUUUCUUACAGUUUAUUCAAUCGGUACUUAUCUAAUUUCUACUCAACAUCUACCAACAAUAUUAUGCAAUCGGUCACACCUGAACAAGUUCACUCCAUUAUAUCCACUACUCAACCUUCUCUGCCUUUUCUCAAUGACAAGAUUCAAUUGAUUGAUGUUCGAAACCAUGAUGAAAUCGAAACUCAUGGUAGAAUAAAAGGUGCUCUGAAUAUUCCUUAUCAUAUAGCUGAAGACCAACCGACAUUAUUUUCCACCGUCUUAUCCGAUCUUGAUCGCUCUAGCAAAGUGAUUUUUCAAUGUGCUUCUGGUCGAAGAAGUCAAAAAGCAGCUCAAAUAGCACUUUCUUUAGGAUUCAAGGAUGUUUAUAAUAUGGAAGGUGGAUUCACUCAAUGGAAAAAGGACAAUUUGCCUAUUCAACCUUUUACUAAUAAUCAUUCUCCUUGGGUACAUACAAUCAUGGAAGGAAAUACGGAUACAGCUCAAUAUAUUGUGACUGAUUUAGAGAGUAGAGAAGCCUACGUGAUUGAUUCGGUAUUGGAUUAUGAUCCAUUGGAUGGUGUGGUAUAUCCUGAAACGGCUAGUGCUUUGGUGGAUUUUAUUCAACAGCAUGAUCUUCGUGUUACCAAAGUGAUUGAUACUCAUGUCCAUGCUGAUCAUUUAUCUGCUGCUUGGUUUUUAAAGGACAGACUGGAGACAAAACCGGAGUUUUGGAUUGGAAAGGAUGUUACCAAAGUACAAGAAGUAUUUGCAAAACGGUACAACGUCAAGAAGGAAGAAUUACAUAUCAAUGGUGAUUCAUUCGAUAAAUUGAUUUCUGAAAAGGAUACUUGGGUGUUGGGUAAAGAUAUUCAAUGUUCAGUAAUUGCUACUCCUGGUCAUACCCCUGCAUGUCUAUCUUAUCGCAUUGGUGAUGCUGCUUUUGUAGGUGAUACCCUCUUUAUGCCUGAUGUUGGUACAGCAAGAUGUGAUUUUCCCGGUGGAAGUGCUACAGAUUUGUAUGAAAGUAUACAGAAAAUGUACUCUUCUUGGCCAGAUGAUACUCGUAUUUUUGUUGGACAUGAUUAUCCUCCAGAAAAUAGAAAGCAUACAGUGAUGACUUUGUUGGCGAAACAAAAGCAAUACAACAAGAUGAUCAACGAUAAAGUGACUAUGGAAGAAUUCAUACAAGCGCGACAGGCAAGAGACAAGGUUUUAAAAGCCCCUAGAUUUAUUCAUCCCUCCUUGCAGACCAAUUUACGAGGUGGAAUCUUACCUUCCAAAGAACAAUCAUUAUAUACCGAUGGACAUGCAGGACGUUAUUUCAAGAUUCCAGUUCGAUGGCGGGAAUAACAUGGAUUUUUAGAAUAGAAUUGUUUAUUGAUUAUAGUUUGAAAUGUAUAUUAAAAUUGAAUAAAGAAAUCUUUUGUUUCCUCUAUUUGGAAAUAAAGUAUAA